AUGAAUCUCGUUGGCGCUCACGUUUCCGCGACUGGCGGUGUUUACGAGGCCGUUCCACGCAUUGCUGAGAUUGGUGGAACCGCAUUCGCAUUAUUUCUGAAAAACGAACGCAGAUGGGUGGCUAAACCCUACACCCCUGAGGUGAUUUCCGAAUUCAAAGCAAGCUGCGCUGCUCACAAGUAUAAUCCGCGAACAGAUGUACUGCCCCACGGCUCAUACCUCAUCAAUUUGGCCAAUCCAGAUGAAGAGAAACGUGAAAAGGCUGAAAACGCUCUUUUGGAUGACCUUCAACGAUGCGAACUACUGAACAUUGGCCUCUACAAUCUGCAUCCUGGAUCUACACUUGGAACCGAUAAAUCGACGGCAAUGGCCCGGAUCGCAGAGUCAAUUAAUCGCGCCCAUACAAAGACUUCUUUUGUCAAAGUCGUACUCGAGAACAUGACGGGAAAUGUCGACCGUGUCGUCGGCACUCGUCUCGAGGAUCUUGCAGGAAUUAUCGAUCUUGUUCAGGACAAAGAUCGGGUGGGGGUUUGUAUCGAUACUUGCCACUCGGUGGCUGCGGGCUACGACAUGCGUACAGAAGAAACAUUCAACGCAUUCUGGUCAAAAUUCGAUAAAGUCAUUGGUUACAAAUAUCUUGCUGGAAUCCAUUUGAACGACUCCAAGUUCCCUCUUAACAGCGGCCGCGACGUGCACCAAAACUUAGGGCUUGGGUUCGUUGGUCUAGAAACAUUCAGGUUGAUCAUGAACAAGCCAGAACUAGACAAAGUGCCCAAAAUUCUUGAAACACCGGUACCUGACUCUCAGCCAGAGAGCCGCAUCGAAGAGAUUGCUCUUCUGAAGUGGCUUAUAGGACGUCAGGCAGAUGACCCCGAGGUUUUGGCUAAAUCUGACGAUCUACAAAAAAAAGGUGCCGCAGAAAGAAAAUUAAACGAGGCAAAAGUGCUCGCAAAGUCAUUGAAGCAAACCACAUUCCGCACAGUCAAACGAAAAGCGGAAGAAAUCGAAUAA